CACAUGAGAGUUGGUAAGGAGCAGUGAGGCGCAGCCGCUCUCACUUCUUCAUGCCUCCACAGGACGACGAGCAGUGGAUGCGUUGCUCAACUUUAUUGUUCGGUUACUUAACGCGGAACUUUCUGUCGGAUCGGUUGCGCACCUGUGCAGGGGGUGGACACUAACGCUCGCACGGAAUCUUUUCCUAAAUUCCUCAACAUUCAUCACUGUUACUGCAGGUGGUGAUUGUCCAACUGCAGCAUGCAGCCGGCUGAGGCACAAAAAGGUACGUCUUUCACUCUGUGCACGUGGGCACGCUUUCACCAUUUUUCUGUAAUUACGUUUGUGUGUAUGCAUUCUGUGUUUGUAGGAGCUUCUACGAGAAGCCGUCUGUUUGAUUCUCUGAAGGUGUAUUUGAACAACAAGACCAGACUACAACCCAUUAUUGGCUUGGGCAGCAUUAUAGAAUGUGUGAAGGCGGGUACACACAACAGGGAAGCUUUGUACCUGUGCGAGGUGUGUGUGUGUCGACUUAGUAAUGCUGACAUACGGAACCACAUUAUGGGAAGUCUCCACAGAUACAACUACAUUAGAGCCUUGCACCCUUACUUAGUGUCUGAAUGGAAAGAGGACUCUGACCUUUCUAAGCUGGCAUGGCCACUGAUGGAGAAAGCCAAGAUACUUGAGGGAAAAGAGGGACCGGGAGAUGUCAAGUCCUUAGAGCUUGAAGGAGCUAUAUACCAGAAGAUGGCUGCAUGCAGUGAGACUGACGCAGCAACUCUGAUAAGUAUCUUAAGAGAUGGACAGAUUGAACUUGACAACCAUUCAGGAACUACAUCUGUGCAGCUGGAGGAGUAUCCUGUCCAAUCGCAGAGAAUCGUAUUGCUUGCUCAGAACCAACAGAGAAGGUCAGAAAGAUGGUUAAACAAGACGUCUACGUCACUGUCGGACAGUCCUGAGACAUCACUUGAAGAGUCUGCGCUGUCAGAGAACAGGCACAGUUUUCUUGAUAGCUACAAAGGAACCACGCCUCUUAUUGGUCUUUUCCGUGUGGUUGAGUGUAUAAGUGAAGAUGGCCACACAUACGGUUUCUUAUGUCACUGCUGCCGCAUCAGAUCCAAAAAAAGGGACAUCAUUGAUCACUUAACCAGCUCUUCACAUCUUGUGAACUACUUGAUGGAAACUCAUCCUGAGCAGGUGAAGGUAAUGAUGGCAGAUAUUAAUAACAACUAUCAGCUUCUCCAAUCAUUGGCCAAGAAGGUAGAACAAGUGGAGGGCAGAGGACAGCCGAAGGUGGUAAACAUACCAGAAUCACUCUGUAUCCUACUGGCCGGCAAAAGUUACCAUUGGUGUAUAAAAAUGCUUUCUAAUGGAUGGUCACAUACUAACAUCCAAAAGAGACAAACAGCUGUCAAAGGACCAAGUGUGAACACGACUGCUAAACAAGGCCACAUACCACAGAGUGCUGUAGUGCUGUCAGAAACGGCAAAAAGGAAUACAACAAUGAGGAAGAAGAGGAAAGUGCGUAAUACUGUGUUCCAGGUAAGCCUGCCUAUUUCCAAAGGUUCAGUGCUGCUGAAGAGGACGUCUUUCAGCCGCCAAGUGUCUUUGGCAUGCUCCCCUCUGUCCGACGCUGAUCUCUCGCCAGAGUCUCUGUGGACUGAGGACUGUGAGUUGGACUGUGACACAGGAUCAUUUGCAGUCACCCAUGCAGAACAAACCUCACAACUUCACCUAUAUAAUGGAGAUGGAGGUCUUGGACAAUACAUGGGACCAGAAAAAGACUUGUCAGUCAGUCAUUAUCAAGCGGUGGAAGGUUAUUACAGUGACAAUGAGUACAACCAGUUCAACCAGUCUGAAUACGUAACUCCAUGGUUUCAUGGAGAAAGGAAUUACAACAGAGAGUGCGAUUCUCAAGAAAGAUUGAAUAAGAGGUUUGAGGAAGAAGGACAGUGGCAAGGUGAAGGCCCACAGACACAAAAUGAGUGGCUGUCACCUGCUGGGUCUCACCCUUGGCAUUGGUCAUCUUGUAACGCUUCCUACAGGCCUGAGGUGGGUUACCCUGAGCAGUGGUACUAUUCAACUUCACAGAGUCAAGUUGGCACAGGAUUUAAUGUGUCAGGAGAAAAGAGACAGAAGGAGAUGAGCUCAGAAGCUGUUCAAUAUUCCCACCAACAACAUCCUCAAGAUCAGUACAUGUCACGAGAUUACGCAAGUCUGACAGGCAGUAUGGGUCAGUCUGGGGAAUUGGCUCCUCAUUUAGAUGCUACUAGGAUCAACACGCAUCCUCACGUAGGAGAUCCCUUUGCUCACAGUGGCAACAUUGCACCACAAUCUAGAGUUCAGCUUUCUGAGACUGAAUAUAGAGACUGGCAAGAAUACAUGAACUUCACCACUGGCCAUGUCCAGACGGCUCAACAAAAUGAUGUGAUGCAACCUACGGCCCAUCAAGCCAUCCAAGUAGUCUACGGGGUGAUGUCUAACACCAACGACAAUACUGGAUCUACAGAAAACCCUGACCAGUACUUUCCCUCUGUAUUUUGGAGAUGAUGCUGAUCCAAAUUUCAGAGCUGCCAACUCUUAUCUACUCCUAAUUCUGCAUAUGAUAUACAUUGCCACAUCUCGCUGAGAUCACACCUCUCCUCAAGGGACUGGUGUCCCCAUUGAAUAUUUGGUUUCUGCCAUAGAUGGGAGUCCUCUAAUGGAUAGAUGUUUUUCCUGUAGUGAUACAACCUUCAUAGCCACUGGGAUAAGUAGUCAGCUUUGCCCCUUUUGACUUUCAGUUCCUGCAUGAUUUCACAUGACAUCUCUCUCUUUUUUUUCUUUCUUUUUCUUUCUUUUUUUUACACAAACCUAAAAACAGAUUUUGGACCAUUAAACUGAAAUGAACCUAGACAUGCACUUGGACAUGUAACAGGUGUAAGUGAGCUGUGAUCAUCUGGUUACAUAAAAACAAAAGCUAGUGAUGACUCCAGCUCUUUUGCUGAUUUGCUUUUUUUUGCAUCACUUAAGGUGGUAUAGCUUCAUGGACUAUGAGAUAAAAUGAUUGAUUUAUUUGUUCUUUGGAGUUCAAGUGUUCGUUCAGUUUCUGAGCAUUGGGUUUUGGUUCAUGUGGAAGGUGGCAUUAUAAGGGUCUUUCAGUUCAGGUCACUUGCUGUCAGGGAUGCAAAGUACAUUUACUCAAAUACUUUGAGUACAAGUACAAUUUUCAAGUGCUUGUACUCAAAUAAAUUAAAUUCUGCUUCUUUACACUUAACUACAGGGAAAUGUUAUACUUUUUUAAAAACAUGCUACUGCUACUUUGAUUUUUACUUACAAAACAUGUGAUAAUCUUACUAAAUGUGAUGCAGUGUUAUUGAUGAAAGCCACACAUACCCUCACAGCUGUUUUCAGUUAUGUUGCUGAUUAGAUUUACUCAGGUUGGAGGUGUGCAAAGCUCUGAAGGGAUUAAUGUGAGAUCAUCAUGUACUUAUAUGUAUUAUGAAGUUAUAAACUGCCCCAGAAUAAAGACAACUGGUGAGCCCUUGAA